AAAGUAACAUUCUUAAUAUUCCACAUUGUUGUUGUGUAAACUAAUGCAGAUUUACGGUGUUCUGCUGAGAUGGAGUCUGAAGCCAGCAAUAUAAAUGUAAAACACAACUUAUGCGAGGAACACAGCUCCAAAAGGCUUCUUGACGGUCUACAAACUCCUGAGAAACAAUCAACGCAAUUGGAGAGAACAGAAAAACAGGAACGGAAAGGUGAAAACGGUGCAUCAGAAAAAAUGGUUCCUGCUAAACCGACCUACGUCUUCUCGCCGGGGAAUUCGCCGUCCAGCCCUGACAUUGGUGACAUGAAGAUGAAGCUGAAGCUGCUGCAAGGUGAGGGAUCUGGGAAUGAUGACGAAGUCGUAGAUCCUCAAGACACCUUGAAGGAGAAGUGCGGCCAGAGCAAUGAUUGUGCGAAGUUGGCGGAAAUCCUUAACGAAUGCAACGACCGGGUCAACAGCAAGGAGAAGACCAAUGAGACUUGUGAGCAAGAAUUGUACGACUUCGUGGAAUGCGUGGCUGCCUGUGUGUCGAAGGACCUUUUUAAGUUUUUAAAGUAAGGAUUUAAUAUUGUGUCUAAUAAGUUAUUGUAACUUUAUCGUUUUUCGUUCGACCGAUACGUUUGUCCAUGUUAGGUGUCAGUAAAUAUUACAGGUGUAGAGGAUUUGUAUUCACGAAUAUAAGAGUUAGAUUUAAACGUUA